AUGCCCGCAGGGCGCUGGCUGCCUUUCCCGCCGCGGUGGCUUCUGUUCCUGGCGACUCUUCUGCUCGUUGCACUGUGGACCUGCUUUUGGUCGAUGCAAGAGGUGUGGGAGCAGGGGCACCUCGUCUCGGAGAAGGUUGAAAGACUGGUCGUGAUAGAUGACCAGGCCUCAUCUUCUUUGAAGCCAAAAGGGAACCUGACGAUGCAGUCUCGCGAAAGGCUCGGCCAUGGCGUGCUGUUUGUUGUACGAUCUUGCUCUCAGAACUACGGAUUUCGCGUCACUUCCAUUUUUAGAACCUGGGGUCAAGACAUCGCGAGAUCGCCAUCAGACGGUCUCAUGGUCGUGGGAGACACGGCAGUGCAGCAUCCACGCAUUUUUGGCGUGCCAGAGUGCGGGAACGAUCACAGCCGAGCCUUGUGUUGCAAAACGGGCUAUGCAUUGCAGCUUGCCUACCGCUGGCUUGAUGAUUUUGCCUGGUUCUUCGUCCUGGAUGAUGACACCUACGUCAAUAUAGGGAAUUUGCGCCAGUCACUAUCUACCUUCAGUGCCUUGGAGCCCCAGGCACUGGGAGUCUUGGGAUGUGGGCCCGGCUUUUGCGAAGACGGUCAAGGGGGCUUUUGUGGAGGAGGCGGCUACGCCCUAAGCAAAGCUGCCCUUGGUGUGAUCAUGGUCAACUCCACAUCUACCUUUCAGCUGGACUUAAUGUGUGGCGUGCCUGCUCAAAAGGCACAGAGUGCGCUUGCGAUCGCUACAUGGGCUGUAUGCAUUCGGAUCUCAGAGACAGUGGCUGGACGAAGCGUAUGA